CUGAUCUUGGUGAUAGUCUUGUGGUCACAAUCUGUGUUAGGACGUUCCACAAGAUGUCCUUUGAUGCAAAACUUCCUGAAAUACUACCCGGAUGAUCCGGAAGCUCAAACGGAGUGUAUAGCGUGUCCUAAAUGCCCGCCAGGACUAGGACUCGUACCACAAUGUGGUUCCAAGAUCACUAACUACACCGCUAUUAAAUGCGAACCAUGCCAACAGAACAAGACAUUUUCAGACCAUCAUGGCUUUGAGAGUUGUAGAUCCUGCCAUGACUGUGGCUUAAAGAACGUUAUUCAGCAGUGCACGCCAUCUCAAAAUCGUAAAUGUGGCACCAAGUGCCCUGAAAGACAUUACCUCGAUGACAAUGGUUUCUGUCAAGAGUGCUACUUUUGUUGUCCUAGUGUGGACGAAACAGGUAGAAUGAAGAAAUGUAAAGAAAUUGGAAUGGGAGAAGACUGGCAGUGUCUUAAGAACCACCAAAACAAGCUCUGCAAAGAAGCUUUGGAAAAUUCUACAGAAGCCAGUGUUGAUACAACUUAUGUCACGGCUGUUACUCUUCUUCCUGGUCACAAUUUUGAAGCAAAUAAAACUGAGAGUACUUCUGGUGAUAAUGUCAGGAAACCUACUGCAUCAUCAGAAAAUGUUACAUCCAAUGGAAAUAUAACACCUUCAAUAAUAGUUGGGAUGAUCAUAGCGUGUAUCCUCGUGCUUAUUUUUGUUUUAUACGUGAUUAAAAGAAUUAUUUCAUGUAGGAAUGGUUCAACACUGUAUUCUGAAGGUAAGAGAAAGUCGUACCUUGCAACACUGUUGUUAACUUUUUGAGGAUAGUAUCUUAAGCACUGAAUUCGUAUUAACAAUUUGCAACGCAACAUGAUAUUUUAGCAAACUGAUAAGUUUUUUUCAUGCAGUAAUGUUUCCAUUAUUUUCAGUUGACAACACAACCUUUUUUCUUUGGAAACUUUUGACUUAUUUCUAGGUUAAAGAGAGAUUUAUUUAAUACACUGUCACCAAAGUUUAAAUACUAAUGAAAAGAUUUUCUCAAAUAAACCCACCCUAACGAGAAAGCUGGUCUGGAAAAUCUGAGGCAGGGUGUAUUUGAGUGGCAAUGCAAUUCCUUCUGGGAAAUGAAUGUUAGACUUACACAUCUGAAUUUAUUUCAUCUGAACCCUUAUUUCAAACUCUCUCUCUCUCUCUCUCUCUCUCUCUCUCUCUCUCUCUCUCUCUCUCUCAGAUGCACACACACACACACACACACACACACAUAAAACAAUGAAUAGAGGGUUCUUGGGGAGAUGUUUUAAGGGUAAUCCGAAGUGCUAAGAUCUUGAAGGGUGAUGGCACAUACCAACUAACAUCUAUCAUUAUUAACAAAGGAUAAUUGAACCUUAUUAAUGUGAUAAAACAAAACCAUUUCUCGGAUUUACUCUAUGGGGAUCUUGGAUAGUCGUACAAAUCAUUAAUCACUUAUUUAAAUAAAAAUUUUGGUAUUACAAUUUUAUCAAUUAACAGCCAAGCCAUUUGUGGUGAUAUGUCAAUAAACUUUUUUGUAGGUUUACAUGAGCAUGUGCCACUGCACGGGAUAAGAUCCGAGGGAAGAGAGGACAAUGGUGGAACUGUUCACGGUAUGGCUGGUCAGACUUACUUUCACAACCUUCAGCAUAGUACUUAGUUGACAGUGAUGAUAGCUUAGAUAAUGCUAGAGUGGCAUCUGUACUAAAGGAAAUUUAGCUUAAGUAACUCUGAGCAGCAAAGGAGUGCACUUCCUUGAUUUAUCACAUACUGGAAGAUGUAAAGAGCCUCACAAUCUUCACUAGGAUUUCCCACAACUAUUAGCUUUUUUAGGCACCUAUUUGUAGUUAACCUCAUCAUGGCUGUAUCCUCCUUAAAAUCAGUGUUUGUGGACUAAGCUAAAAAGACAUAAGGGUCGGUUAUAUUCUGGACUUUUGAAAAAUCGAUCAUUCUUUUUCUGCAGAUAAUCGAGAAGAUGAGCAGGAGCAGUUUCUCCUUAGACAACCCAUGAAUAACAGGCCAAAUAUUGGACUAAUUCCAACAGGUGAGGAGUCACUCCUUCCUUCUUCACAUUCAUCCUUUCACACUCUAACAUCAGUAUUCAUAUUCCCCGUACAGUUCUCUGUACAUUUGCUAAUGUGCUGGCAAGGAAGUUUGUUUAAUAAUCAUGAGGUUCUUCAGUUCAUUAUCAUUUCCUUUAUUCUCAUGACCUUAAUGUUUGAUUCAGGGGUGAUAUUGAAAGGAUAAAUUAGAUGCUAGUCACUCUCAGGGAUUAAAGAGUUAAUCCUGAAUUCUCCGAAGAAGAAAAGUAAUAAAUAAGCAGAAUAACUCUCCCUCUGAGGCCUUUUAAAUGUAAAAACUUUCAGCUCAGGCUACUGAAAGUUUUAUCGACGCCUCAUUUACCCUUUCGAGAUAGCACAAUUAGCAAUGUUAAUGAUAUUAUGUAAGGUGAUUGUGUGGUAGUGAGGGUUAUUCUCAGAAUGAAGGAACCCCAUAGUAGAUCACAUUUUUUAGCUAAAAUUUGCUUUAUUCUUUUGUUACAACUUUAAUGUUACAAAUGACAGGUCUGUUUUUUAAAUGUAACUCUGUUUUCCAGAUUGUGAUGUCUCAGAAAUGUUUUACGUUUCUUAAUGAUGAAAAUGAACUAAUGCUGCACAAAAUUCAAGACAUGCUUGUUAUCCAACAAAUUGGUAAUGAGAAUAAUCUAAUAAAUUUGAUUAUUCUCAUUACCAAUUUGUUGGAUAAUGUAUGGAUAUAUCACAGGGAGAAGUCGUAUGUUAAUCACUUCAGGGAGUUAGCGGGUUAAGGCUUUCCUGAUUGUAUGGUAAUCAGUAAGUUGCUUUCUAGGAUAACCAAAGUGUUUCUUAAUUUUAUUUCUCUCAGAUGCACAAGCAGCUGAUGACCACAAGGAGCCUCUCACCAGUGAGCUUAGACAAGACCAGACAAAAACUGAUCUGAUUCCAGCAGGUGAGGCGUACAUCCUGCCAUUUGGUAGACCCAAGUUGAUUACUUGUUUAUUCUUGUUAUGCAAUGGGAUGAGUGUGCCACUAGUCAUUGAGAUGUUGUAUUUCAUCUCCUACACGUACCCUCCUCUUAGCUUGGUGCAAUAAAAUGCACAAUUGUAGCCUCGUAAAUGGGUGUUAAAAUGGAAGUAAACUCAUCCCCUGAAUUAAUCUGUUGUACCUGGACUGUGCAGACUAAGUUUCCAAUCACUGCCAAACAUUGCAUUUUUAAAAAUAAAUCAAUUUUAAUCCUUGGCAAUUCUUAACAAUUAAAGCAUGUCUUUUUCCACCAAUAGUAAUACAAAAAAGCAUAUUUCAUGUUACAAUUCUAACCCCAUUACCGUUUCUUCAUUAACACUUUUAUCCAUUGAACUCUUAGAUUGCAAAGUCUCUGAAAUGCUACAGCUGCGUAACCAUGAAAAUCAGAGUCUGUUGCACUAUGUGCAAAGGAUGCUGGAUCCACUGGAGAAACAGACAAAGAAAAAUUGGCGCUCUGUGGGGCAAAUCUUGAAUGUUUCAGAAGAUGACUUGGAAUUGAUAGAAACUGAUUACAUAGCAGGAAGAAGUCCUACAGUUAGUCUUAUUGAUAAUUUGAACACCUUUUCAACAGUACCCUCAAUGAGAAGCUUUGUAGAAGCUCUUGUUUCUUGCAAAAGGUAUGAUGUGGCCACCAAUAUUUGCAACUGGCCAUGGGAGUUACGCACUAUACAAUGA